AAUUUAUAAAAAAGUGGUGAGAUGAAAAUUUUUGCCUAAGUCAAUAAAUUUUAUUGUAAAAAUUUAAAUUUCAUUUUUCUAUAUGAAAAAAUCAUUGAAAAUAAAAAAGUGAAAUAAAAUACAAAAAGAAGAGAAAGGAAAGAAAAGGAAAGAAAAAUUCUAGUGACGUAGGAUAUAGAAUUAAAAAAAUAUGCAUGUAUUUUUGUCUCCUACACAAUUUAAAAAUUAAAUUAAAAUAAAACAAAAAAUCAAUAAAAAGGAUAUAUGUACAUAUACAUACACAAAUACUAAAAUUAUUAUUGUUGUCUGACAAAACAAAAUUUAUACAUAUAGAAGAUUUUGUGACAAUUUACAUAGUCUCCAAUUCGUUGUAUCUUAAUUUGGCAUUAAUAAGAUCAGAUUCUUUUUGGUGUUGUAAGAAAUAACUAAUUGUAUUUUUUAAAAGUAAAAGUUCACUUCCGCAAAAAUACCUUAAAAAAUAUCUUAAACCUCGGAUAUUAAGAAACAGUAUGAAAAUGGUGUUGUCGCAACGGCAGCGCGAGGAACUUAACCAAGCGAUUGCCGAUUAUUUGGGCACUAAUGGCUAUUCAGAUGCAUUAGAAGCAUUUCGUAAAGAAGCUGAUAUUAAUGUUGAAACUGAAAAGAAAUAUGGAGGCUUAUUAGAAAAAAAAUGGACAUCUGUAAUACGCUUACAAAAAAAGGUGAUGGAAUUAGAGGCAAAAUUACAGGAAAUUGAAAAAGAAGCAAUCGAAGGGGCACCAACAAAAGCAAAACGAAGUCCUGGUGAAUGGAUACCAAGACCACCAGAAAAAUAUUCUGUAACAGGGCAUCGAGCAACUAUAACAAGGGUACUAUUUCAUCCUAUUUUUAGUCUAAUGGUAUCCGCAUCAGAAGAUGCUACCAUAAAAAUAUGGGAUUUUGAAACAGGUGAAUACGAAAGAAGUCUUAAAGGGCAUACUGAUUCAGUACAAGAUAUCGCUUUUGACGCUCAAGGAAAAUUAUUAGCAUCCUGCAGUGCUGAUCUUUCAAUAAAAUUAUGGGAUUUUCAACAAAGCUAUGAAUGUGUUAAAACGAUGCAUGGACAUGAUCAUAAUGUUUCGUCAGUCGCAUUUGUACCAGCAGGUGAUUUUGUAUUAUCAGCAUCACGUGAUAAAACUAUUAAAAUGUGGGAAGUUGCUACAGGUUAUUGCGUGAAAACUUACACAGGCCAUAGAGAAUGGGUUAGAAUGGUAAGGGUUAAUAUUGAUGGUGGUUUGUUUGCCUCAUGCUCAAAUGAUCACUCAAUUCGAGUGUGGUUUACAAAUUCAAAAGACUGUAAGGUUGAAUUGAGAGACCAUGAUCAUACAGUUGAAUGUAUUGCCUGGGCCCCAGAGCAUGCAUCAUCAGCGAUUAAUGAAGCAGCUGGAGCUGAUAAUAAGAAAGGACAUCAUCAAGGACCUUUCCUUGCGUCAGGUUCAAGAGAUAAGACAAUUCGAAUUUGGGAUGUUAGUGUUGGUGUGUGUCUGUUUACAUUAACAGGACAUGAUAAUUGGGUAAGGGGAAUAUCAUUCCAUCCAAGUGGAAAAUAUAUGAUUUCAGCUAGUGAUGAUAAGACAAUUCGUGUAUGGGAUUUACGUAAUAAACGAUGCAUGAAGACAUUGUAUGCUCAUCAACAUUUUUGUACAUCAGUUGAUUUUCACAAAACACAUCCGUAUGUAAUAUCUGGCAGUGUAGAUCAAACCGUUAAAGUAUGGGAGUGUCGUUGAACAUCUCUUUGUUUCUAUAUUCAAGAUAGAUUUUAAAGAAAAUUUAAACAAAAAAGGAACAUAAUUUCUAAGUAAAAUUAAAUAAACAGAAACAACAAAAAAAAAACCAUACCUAUUUUUUUAUAUAUAUAUAUAUUUUUUUUUGUUUUAUUUAUUUAUAUUUAAUGAAAAACAGUUUCAAAGAGAAAAAAAAACAUAAAAUUUAAAAAAAAAUUGAAUCUGAAAUUAUUUUUAAAAAUUAUUUUUAAUUUAAAAGCAAAAAAAAAAUGGAAAAAUUGUACUCAAGUAGAAAACAGUUUCAGUGUAGUUUUUUUCAUUUUUUUGUUUUUAUUUUUAAUUACAAAGUAAAAAUAAGAAAAACUUAGAAAAUAAUUUAAUAUUAAUUAAAUAAAUAUAUGCCUUGCCACCUAAAUUAUUUUUCAAAAAAAAAAGGAAAAAAAUAUUAUAUAUGUUAAAUUCGUGAAAAAAUUGUAAAUCAUUUUAAAAAGUAAAAAUUCAGUUUUUUUUUUCAAUUUUGUUUCUUUACGAUUUAAUUUAACUAUAAAUUGAUUUAAAUUGUAAAAAUAUUCAAAGAAAUUUUUGUGUUAUUUUUUCUGGCAUAUUAUGAGUGCAUCAAAUUUUUAAAUCUAAAUUUUUUUAAAUAAAUUUUAACUUCAUUUUGUUGGAAUUAGAAUAAUUUUACUUUUCUAAAUAUAUGUAGUUUGUAUUCAGUAGUUUUUUUUUUCGUUAAAAUUAUAUAUUUAUGAAUAUCUCAUCAACUUACCAUUCCGUUUCUUAAUAAUUUAAAAUGCUGCAAUACUUACUACAUAUUAAAAAAUAUAUUUAAUAUGCCAUAAAAUAAACCAUUGAUGUUGAAUUUCUUUUGUUUAUAAAACAUUAACUUGGAAAUUAAAAUAUAAUCCGGAAUUAUUUAAAUUUAAUUUUCUAUCGAAUAAAUAUUUUGUUUUAUAAAAUACAUUUAAACAAAAAAUAUUUUUCAUGGAAAAUUUAAUAUAUAAUUUUAUGACAAAUGUAAAAACACAUAAUAAAUUAAAUUAAAAAAAAAAGAGAUAUUAAAUUAUUAAAAUAUAAUACAAUAAAAAACCCUUAAAAAAAUCAAAAAAAUUUAACACAUAGUAAAAUUAACAAUAUUCAAAUGAUAUGAAAGAAAAACAAAAAAAUAAUAAAAGGGGUUGACUGAAAAAUGGUCAGCAUUGAAAUAUUUUUGUGUUUUAAUUUUCGUAUUGUAAUUUCUUGCAGAAAAAAAUAAUAAAAUGUUUUUUUAUUAAAUACAAAAAAUUGUAUACUAAAAGAAUUUUUACAUAAAUUAUUUUGUAAAUUAUGAGUAUUCUGAGUCACUUGUUCAAAUAAACUUAUAAACUGUUAAUAUAAAAUUAAAACUUUUUUUUUUAUUUUUUUCUAAUGGUUAGUCAAAUUUUUUCAAAUAUUUUUCUUAUAAAAAAUUAGAAUACUUAUAAACAUAUGUACAUUUUAUAACGUCAACCCUAAAUAAUUAAAUUAAUAGAUGAUGAAUACAUUUUAAAAUAUUACUUUAAAAAAAUAAUCGAGAACUUACAAAAGAGACAUUAAGAAAUUUGUAUUAAAUUCGUUUUAUCCAUUUAACUUGCAAAUAAAAAUUUUAAUCUGCAACAAACUUUUAAUGUAUAUACAUUUUACAAUUUAUGUAUUAUCAAUAAAUAAAAAUUAUGAAAAAUUAAAAAUUUUCACCCAAAAUUUCCAGUAUAUAAAUUUUAUAUGGUCACUUUCAAAUUUUAAACUAAAAUAUCCUGAAUUUCUAAGAAUAAACAAAAUAAAAAACAUUAAAAUAUUUAUCUAUAUUAAAUCUGUAUUAUGGACUUCAAUUUAAAAAAAAAAAUUAUUUAAAAAUUUUUUUAAUAAUUUUGAUGUAUUCAAAAUGUACUAUAAUUCAAAACAAAUUUGCAUUAUAAUUUUCAAUGUUGAAUUCAAAGGAAAAAAAAAAUAUUUUGUAUAUAAAGAAAGAAAUAACUUAUUCCUUUACUUAGCAUGAAAGAAGGAAUAUUUUAUUCCUUUUACUCAUUUUAUUAAAUUUCGCCUUAUUUAAAACACACUGUAUUGUAAAUAAUAUAUAUAUAUAUAUAUUAAAAUAUUUUUUGGUUAUUGAAAAAAAGAUUAACUAUUAUAAGAAUAAUGAAAAAUAUUUAUUCUCGUAAUUCCAUUUUAAAGCUUUAAUUGGCUAAAAAAAAAUUUUAAACAAUUUUUUUUUAAUUUUAAAUUCAUCGAAAUAGAACUUGGGGAUGAAAAAAGUCAAGUUGAACUUAAAAUUAGGAGGAGUUUAAUAAAUUAUUCAUAUUUACAUUAUUUACAUAAAAUUGCAUCAAUUAUUCAAUAUAAAAUUUGAAAAGUUUUACCGAUAAAAAUUAUAUAAAAUAAAAACGUAUUUAUCAGGGAUUUUCGAUGAGUAUAUUAUAAUUAUAUUAUUUAGAAAAAUAAUUACAUAUAAAAUAUUUUCAUAAUAUUUUUGUAAAAAUAUAAAAAACAUAAUAUAAAAAACUCCUAUAAUUUUAUUAAGUGCAAUGUAAAAACUAAUAAUGUGACAAUUAAUUUUAAGAAAUUUUAAUUGAAAACGUAAAAAAAAAAUUAAUCCAUUUUACGCAUCCGUCAAACGAUUGAUAUUUCUUUCUAAAAUUUUUUUUUUUUUUUAAAGUGCUUUGGAAUCCUAACUCAACCCUUACAUUAAAUAAAUAAAGAGAGAAAACAUAUACCCAUAUUCCGUUAAACACAUUACUUGGGACGGUGGGAUAUAAUUCCAAAAGUUUUGAAUAUUUAUACCAAAUCACCUCAAGUGAUGCGUCUAAAAGAAAAUGGGUAAUUAGUUUCUUUUAUAAGCUAAAUAACAUUUACAUACACAUUAUGGAAAACAAAAACAUACAUAUAUAUUAUAACACUUAAAAAAAAAAAUAAUAAUUUCAAAAAAAUAAUAGAACUUAUAAAUUAUAUCAAUUAAAAAUAACCAUCGCUUUUAUAAUAGAACAUCCAUAAAUAUAACCUUAAUAAAAUAAAUAUUAAUAAAUUUAAUAUAUUUAAUAUAUACAUAGCUUAAAUAUUCAAAAUUAAAUUAUUAGAAAAAGAAGAAAUUUCUGAAAUAAAAAUUUUAAUUUUUUUCAAAACUGAUUAAUAUUUUAAUUUUAUUUUUUAACUUAUAUAAGACAUUCAAGAUCUCUUUUUUUUUGUUUGUUCAAAUAUAAUAGAUUGAUCCAAGUCAAAACUUUUGAAAAUAAAAUCUAAAUGAGAAAAACAAAUUUCAACAUAUUGUAACAAAUGUAAUUAAAAUUUAAAUUUCAAUAAAGAGUCAUAAAAUUAAAUAAUGUAUGUAUCAGUAUUAGAAAAUUUAAUAUAAAGCCAUAAUAUUGUAGUUUUAUAUUCAGAAACAAAACAGUAUUACAAAAUAUAAUUCGCAAUGUAAAACUUUACUUAAUUAAUUAAAAUUAAUAAAAACAAAAAAAAACAUCAAAAUUAAAAUUUAUACAAAUUAAAAUUAUCAUUUAAUUGUGUAAAUUAAAUUUAAAUUAAUAAAGUCAAUUUCACUGUUAAUAAUCUUAAACGAAUAUAUUAGUCAAUAAUAAAAAUUGUCUGCGAAAAGUAAAACUAGAAAAACAAUGAUAUUUUUCAAUUUCAGAUAAAUCAUAAAAACAAAAUAAUUCUAAUCAUAAAAUUAAUUUAGUAUUCAUCAAAUAUUUUUUUAUUAUUGAUAACAAUAUCAAAUAUUCAAUAUGUGAAUAUUUUUAAAAUUUACUUUUCCAAUUAUAUAAUUAAUUAUAAUACCAA